ACACAAUCACUAUAAAGCAGAGAGAAAACCAAGGCUACUGAGUCUAGUUUAUUGCAGUUACUACACCACCUUAGAAUCUCAUACAGUCUCAAAAAUGAAAAGCCAGUAUCUCAUCACCCUUUGUUUUGUGUUAACUUUGCCUUUUCCCCUAUCAUCAACAACGAACUCAUAUGAGUCAUCAUGUCACAAAAAAAAGUUUCCAGCUUUGUAUGUUUUUGGUGAUUCCCUAAUUGAUUGUGGGAAUAACAAUCAUCUUCCGAGCGGUGGAGCAGAUUAUCUUCCUUAUGGUAUAGAUUUUAUGGGUGGCAACACACCAACCGGUCGAGCCACUAAUGGAAAAACCGUGGCUGAUUUUCUUGCUAUGCAUCUAGGACUACCCUUUGUCCAUCCUUACUUGGAUCUUACAAAUCAUCAAAGGAACAAAAUCAGAACAGGCAUUAAUUAUGCCUCUGGUGGGUCUGGCAUUCUUCCCGACACUAACAACGUGACGUCUUUGACGCUUGAUAAGCAAAUUAAGUUCUUCCAUAGGACUGUUAAGCAUAAUUUGCAUAAGAUGUUCAAUGAGAAAGAAAAAAUGGAGAAGCAUUUAUCUGAAUCCUUGUUUUUUGUCUCUACGGGGGUGAAUGAUUACUUCCAUAAUGGGACCUUCCGCGGCAACAAAAACCUUUCUUUAUUCCUGCUUAAUGAAUUCACCCUACGCAUCCAGAGAAUAUAUGAUCUAGGAGCAAGAAAAUUUUUCGUGAACAACAUUCCCCCAGCAGGUUGCUUUCCAUCAAAAGCUAUCCGAGAAAGACCAAGAGGAAAUUGUGAUGAGAAAAUAAACAAAGCUAUCAGCUUUUACAAUAGAAGGUUACCUGAAGUGCUCCAUGAGUUGCAAUCACUGCUUCCUGGCUUCAGCUUUGUACAUGCAGAUCUUUUCGGAUUCUUUAAGGAGCUAAGGGAAACCGGAAAGAGUUAUGGUAAGAAGAAAAGCCAAAUGGCUAAUCAAAGAGCUUUUGAGAGUUUCUGAGAACUUCUCUGCCGAAAAUGUUUUAUAUUUAUGGGAUAGUGGAAACAUGGAAACCUUGCUGCCCUAACACCAUUUAUGGUGAUCUCCAAUGCCAUCCCAACACUGUUCCUUGUCCAAACAGAGACACUCAUCUUUUCUGGGAUGAACACCCCACACAAAUCGUAAACCAAAUAUAUGCAAGGCUUUGCUUCAUUGAGGGGACCAUUUGCAAGUCCUCGGACCUCAAACUAAUCUAGCAAGCCUAUAGUUCUAUAUGUCUUAGUGUGAUUGCUUUAUUGUAAUAAAUUGCGAUCAAAAUCCAAGCUAGAGUAAUUGCUGAUUGAAAUUGUAAGGAGUUACUAUACAUGAAAAACCAUCUUCAAAUUAAUAAAAAGCUUUCAUGUCAAA